CUCUUGUUGCAGAUGGAAGAGAAACGACGCAAGUACUCGAUCAGCAGUGAUAACUCGGACACCACUGACAGCCACACCACGUCCGCGUCGAGAUGCUCCAAAAUCCCCGCUACCAAGUCCAGCUGGUCCAGGCAGAAGGAGAAGAAGCCCUCAGAGGUCUUCCGCACUGACCUGAUCACGGCCAUGAAGAUUCCCGACUCGUUCCAGCUGAGCCCGGAUGAGUACUACAUCCUCGCGGAUCCCUGGAGGCAGGAGUGGGAGAAGGGCGUGCAGGUGCCCGCCAGCGCCGAGGCCAUCCCUGAGCCCGUGGUUAGGAUCAUACCCCAGCUGGACAACUCGCUUUCACAGGGCUCGCCGAGCAGCCCGCCCGUCUGCGAGAUUUCGGAAGCGACGAGGACGUACUUGCAAGGCAUGAGCCGCUAUGACUUGGAUGAGCUUGAUGCCUACUGGUUGGAACUCAUCAACAUGGAGCUCAAGGAGAUGGAGAGACCAGAGCUGGACGAGAUGACCCUGGAGAGAGUCCUGGAGGAGCUGGAGACCAUGUGCUAUGAGAACAUGAACAUCGCCAUUGAGACGGAGGAGGGCCUCGGCAUCGAGUACGACGAGGACGUGGUGUGCGACGUGUGCCGCUCCCCGGAGGGCGAGGACGGCAACGAGAUGGUCUUCUGCGACAAGUGCAACGUCUGCGUGCACCAGGCCUGCUACGGCAUCCUGAAGGUGCCCAUCGGGAGCUGGCUGUGCCGGACCUGCGCCCUGGGCGUCCAGCCCAAGUGUCUGCUGUGCCCCAAGAGAGGGGGAGCCCUCAAGCCCACCCGCAGCGGGACGAAGUGGGUCCACGUUAGCUGUGCCUUAUGGAUACCUGAAGUUAGCAUUGGAUGUCCUGAAAAAAUGGAACCCAUAACGAAGAUCUCCCAUAUCCCGGCGAGCAGGUGGGCUCUGUCCUGCAGCCUCUGCAAGGAGUGCACAGGGACGUGUAUCCAGUGCUCCAUGCCCGCCUGCAUCACGGCGUUCCACGUCACCUGCGCCUUUGACCACAACCUCGACAUGAGGACUAUUCUGGCGGACAAUGACGAGGUGAAGUUCAAGUCCUUCUGCCUCGAGCACAGCUCUGGCGCCACCAAACACCCUGAGGAGGCACGGACAGAGCCCGACCACGGCCAGCUGGACCUGGAGAAGGUCACGCUGCGCAAGCAGAAGCUCCAGCAGCUGGAGGAGGACUUCUAUGAACUCGUGAAGCCUUCGGAGGUGGCGGAGAACCUUGACUUAAGCGAAUCGCUAGUGGAUUUUGUCUAUCAGUACUGGAAGCUAAAGAGGAAAGCCAACUCCAACAAGCCACUGCUGACACCAAAAACGGACGAAGUGGACAACUUGGCCCAGCAAGAGCAGGACGUUCUCUACCGGCGCUUGAAGCUCUUCACGCACCUUAGGCAAGACCUGGAGAGGGUGAGGAACCUCUGCUACAUGGUGACGAGGCGGGAGAAGAUGAAGCACACCAUCUGCAAGCUGCAGGAGCAGAUCUUCCACCUCCAGAUGAAGCUGAUUGAGAAGGAUCUGUACCCAGAACAAACUGGGAAGAAGACAAAGGGUAAGAAAAGUGACCUGAGAAGGAAAGGAAGAGAUGGUAGAAAAAAUAGUCCUGAGAAGACAGAGAAAAGGAAAUCGGUCAACGAAACUGUGUUGGGACAACUGGGUCUGUCGACUUCCUUCCCCAUAGACGGCACCUUCUUCAACAGCUGGCUCGCCCAGUCGGUGCAGAUCACGGCUGAGAACGUGACCAUGAGCGAGUGGUCGCUCAACAAUGCCCGCCACGAGGACAGCACGGCGGGCCUCUCCGAGGAGCUGCUGCAGGACGAGGAGACUCUACUGAGCUUCAUGAUGGAUCACUCCCUGCGCUCCCCCUUCAAGCAGAGUGAGGCCACCAAGAAAGCCAAAAGCAGGACGAGGACGAACACUAAGAAAAAACUGCCCAAAAACAGCCUGGACACCAUCUUCAAGAGCCGCCAGGAGGCUUCGGGGCAAUGGACUAACACCGCGAGCGACUUGUCGGACGAGGCGACGAAGCCCCCGGCUCGCGACGCCAGGGCUGCCAAGGCAGAGAAGGCGGCAGCCAAGGUGCCCACAGAGCGACGGGGUGACACCAGGAAGGCGCCCAAGAAGGGAGCCGUCCCCAAGGCCGGCGACGCCAGGAGCUCCCUGAGCAAUGAGGAGGAGACGGCGGCGUGUCCCGCGCCGGAGCCCAGCCCCGCGGCCCAAGUGCCU